AAAUGAUUCUGAUAGAUGAACUGUUUUCAUUGCAGUUGUAUUCGACCAAAGAGCAGAAACAGCACAGUCAUGUCGAAGACCAAAGCCCAGCAACCGGCUGUGAUACACAAGGUUAUUAUGGUGGGAAGUGGAGGUGUCGGGAAAUCCGCUCUAACCUUACAGUUUAUGUAUGAUGAGUUUGUUGAGGAUUUCGAACCAACGAAGGCUGAUUCGUACAGAAAGAAGGUGGUGCUUGACGGGGAAGAAGUACAGAUUGAUUACUGGACACUGCAGGUCAGGGGGGAUUAUGCGGCCAUCAGGGACAACUAUUUCCGAAGUGGAGAGGGUUUUUUGUGUGUGUUUUCAAUCACAGAGCAGGAAUCUUUUCAGGCAACGGCAGAAUUCAGAGAGCAAAUUUUACGUGUGAAGAGUGAUGACAACAUUCCGUUUUUGUUGGUUGGUAACAAAGCUGACCUCGAGAACCGGCAGGUAUCUGCAGAGGAGGCAAAUCAACGUGCUCACAGUUGGAAUGUAACAUACGUAGAAACAUCGGCCAAAACUAGAGCUAAUGUAGAUAAGGUAUUUUAUGAUUUAAUGAGAGAAAUUCGAUCACGGAAGAUGAAAGCUAGCCAGCAAAAUAAUGGACAGAAAAAGAAAAAGAGCAGCAAGAGGAAGUGUGUCAUCCUGUAAUGAUUAUUCUUGUCUAGGGAUUGUUUACUGUGUCUUUUUUUUUCGUUCUCAAAAAGUAGACCUUACUCGAGGACCAUUCUAGACUUUUAUACAUUUUUAAACUGUAUCUGACCAAUCAGAUGCGAGCUUAUGAAAAUGAGUGUCAGAACAAUAAUUUUUAACCAAUAGAAAUGCAGCAUGUGUAUGUAGUGAACUUUAAUCAAGUAAAGUGGCUUCGAAAGAAACAAGGGAGGUAAAUGGAGCUGCAGCUGAUGAAUUUUCUCUCUUAUUUUUAUCUGUUUGCAGUAUUUUCGUAAGCAGUCUUUCGUUUUUUGUUUUCUUGUGACAAUCGCAAUUUAGAGAAGAUGGAUUUAAUAAAUUUCCAUACAAACUGAUAACAGAUAUUCAUCUUAUCUACCUUUUGACAUCUCUUCACUUUCAUCAUUAUGACAUCAUCAUUGUGACAUCUUAAUCAUCAUCAUUAUCAUCAUUAUUAUUUUGUUAAGUGCAAUGAAAAACGAUGAGCAGGGAUUCUUCAUAGGUAUAUAGGGACAGGACCAAGUAUGAAGUGUAGCAAACCACUAUGUUAUGACUAUUAGCUUCAAAGGGAGGUAAUAAGCUAUUACAUUUUGUAACAUUGUGUAAAAGAGUUGUUUCCCUGUGAUCAUAAUUGUUUCUUUUUUAUUGCUUCAUUUUACAUUUUUUAAUUAAAUUUUUUUCUCUUCUUUUUUUGUAUGUGUGUCAGUGCUAAAACUUCAAACAUAUUGACCUCGACUUGCAUGUUUAAAUAUGUGUUAAAGAAGUUCAUAUAGAUAGAUUCAUUAGAUUAUUGUAUCCAUAGAAAAUACUGUUAAAAUGAAAUAAUACGCAAUGAAUUUGAUUGUGUUUGUAUCAACAUAUUGAAUGAGAAUAAAUGUGCAUUACAUUAAUGCUGUGUCAAAGAUGUCUAAAAUUAUUUCUAUUAUAAGAUUUUUAUAUACGUAGAAUAUUCUUACAUACCUACUUACACUUGUAACCCUUACAACACUGUAGUUAUUAUCCAUUACAGCCGGUAUAGUUUAUCAGCCAGGCCAAACUAAACAGUGGUGCCGUCUGGCUGGCUUAAUAAUAUUGUAUGUAUAUCAAUAUUUAAAUCUUUUAUUGCCAGCCAGUUAGCUCAGUUGGUAGAGCGUUGGACUGUGAAUCAGGAGACCCGAGUUCGAUUCUCGGACAAUGAUUGUCAUUUUCAGUGUUAUUGAUCAUAAAAUCCUUUCUAUGGUCAUUCACACUAUACCUCUGUUCUUGUGUGUAUAGAAGUUCCUUACAAAAGUGAAUGCAACUAGUACUGGUAAACUGCUUGACAGUCUGCCUAGGAACAAUGUGAUGGCACAACUGUGCUCUGGUUAAUUCAAUGCGACUAAUACUGCCGUGAUCAGCAGUGAAAACUACCAACACCACCACCACAUUGUAAUCCUUUAAACUUGAAAAUAAAUACAAAGCAUGGUGAAUCCAUUACAUAGUCAGUAGGGUAAGGGUUAAAUUUGAAAACAAAUUACAGUCUACAGUAGUUUUAGUAUUUGAAGUAUUCAACAGCAGACUGAAUUUGAUAUCAGUUAAUUUAGAUAUUAGAACAUCUGUUUGGGCGCACUUUGUACAUAAAAAUUCAUUUGUUCAUUAAAUAGACUGUAGAAUCCAUUUGAUAAGAAGGAAAAAACUUUUUGAUAACAAUUUUUAAACAUCACGUAACUGUAACUUUAAAAAUCAUGAACAAUGACAGGUUUAUAUUUCUGUAACUACAGCCCUUUUUUGUGUGGCAAUCUUUUCUCAUCUUUGGAUUAGUAAAAUAUAUGUUGUUGUUUUUUUUUUGGCAAGUAACAUGUGAUAUUUUGCAUGCUCAAAGUGGCUACUUUUUAUCUCUCUGAUAUACCUACUGUAUUUAUAUAUGUUAGAAUAUGUGUAAAAUGUAUGCAUCAAUGUAUUCACUACAGUAGAUCUGACUGCUUUGUAUCUUCCUUUUUUCUAAUCUUACUUUUGUCUCUGGGCAUUUUAAAUUAAAAUAAAAAAGAAUAUGCAUUGUUUAAGAUUACUUCUGUCAAAAUAUAACUUUACUAUUGCCUCAUAUUUUGUAUCGUUAAAUCAUGAGCCCAGUAAGCCUGUUGUAUCAGUAAGGGAGGCUACAAGGUAAUGACUCAAUGAUUUUAUUAAGUAAUUACUUCCCUUUUAAUGACAAAAGAUGAACUUGUUUACAGAUUAUCUUAAGUAUUUUAGAGUUUCUAAAUACCUCUAUUAGAAACUUAAGGAUAAAGAUAUUUGAUUAAUCAUUUACCCUGCUAAAAGCCUAUGUCACCAGUAUAGAGCCAGGCCAGCCUGCACUGUGGUGUAUGCAGCCUGCCCAGGCUAUAUAAUGUUGGUUGACUUAACUUUGAUAUCUGGCUAAUGUGGGGAUUGGGAUUUUUUUAGCACUGUUUUUGUAAUAAUUAUUAGGAAUUAGUUUUUAGUCUAAAAAUAGCUACCAUGAUUUGUAUAUAAAAUAUUUGUUCAAAGCAAAAGGCAUACAUGGCACAGCUGGUUUUUUGGUUAGCUUUUUUUCCAUGGACAUUUUUUUUGUCAAACAAUUUGUUAAAAAAUGAUGUUUUAAAGUAUAAUAUAUGACCAAACUAAGAUUGUGUAUUGUGUAUUAUUUUACUUACAGUAUCAUUUUUUAGAGAAAUUGCUCAUUUUAUUUGCUUGAAUGUAUUGAGUUUUUACUGUGACUGAGUCUGUAUGUUGUUCAAUGCCUUACUAUGUAAUUCUUAGAAUAGAAUAGCUUCUUAAUGAAAUCACCAUUAUACAAAAUUAUCUAACCAAGGGAAGUAUUCAAGCUUUUUUCACAGUUUUUUAUAGCUUGAUAGAAAAGGCCAGUUGAUACCUCGGUACAUCUGAACUAAGAUGGUAAAAAUUGUCAUAUUUUAGUAUACAGCAUUGCCUAUUUGAUAUAGUAUUUAUGUAUAUUUUAUUAAUAAGUUCACAGUCAUACUCUAGCUAAACCACAGCAAGUUGUAUUCUGUACAUGUCAGUAAAAAUGUGGUGUACAUGUGGUUAAUUAACAUAAUACAUGUAUAUACAUUGUAUUUCUGUUUUUUAUUCACUUUACAAACAUCAUAUUGCAUAGGACAUAUAGCCUUAAGUUCUAUUUUUAGAAUAUCAUCAUCAUUGUUAAGAUAUUUAGAAGGUGAAAAUUCAAUUUGCAAGAAUAGUUUAAUCACAGAUAUUUGAUUCAUUUGAUAUUGUUUUCUUUAAAUUGGUCUCUAAGAUGAGGCACGUAAGAGUUUUUUUUAAUUGUUCAAAGUAAAACACUUUGAGUAUAUGAAAGAGGUAGUGGUUUGUCAUAGAAACAAGGAAAUGAAACAGGUUCAUUUAUAAAAUAAUAAUGCAAAUGUGAAAAAUAAAAUUACCAUUAAGAUAGUUGUAACAGGAGAAAAAACAACAAUGAUUUUUUUUAAGAUUUUUAUUUUUUUUAUUUUUAGUACUUGAGCAUGAAAAUAUUUGGGGAAUUCUUGGUUGAAUGUUGAAAAAUUGAUCAAUAAAAGUCCAAUAUUGUAAGCCAAUUUUGAUAAACAUUGACUCAAGUUUGCUAUAAAUAGCAUGUUUGCAUUUUUGCAAUUUAGUGACUUAUAAUAAGAACUUAAAUUUUACUAAAUAUCAGAAACCAUUUUUGAUAUAAUAAGGAAGACAUAUUAUUAUUCAGGGAUUAUAUUUACAUUUACUAAAAUCAGACACUUUUUUCUUAAAACUCAAUUCAGAUAUGACUAUAGAAGGGAUCUAAAUAUUUUGAUAGUAAAGUGUUUUAUUAUUAUUUUUUUUUUUUUAAUAUUUGACAGAAUUUUAAUUUUUCUAUUAACAGUGUAUAUCUGUUUUAAAAUUUGUUCAUUCAUUAAAGUAGAUGAAGAUAUAUAAUAUUAAAUAUAUGUGUAAGAGUUGUUCACCAUGUAGUUAUUGUAAUGUUCAAACUUCAUUUUAUUUCAUGUAAAUUAGCCAAUGUAAAACUGUGAUGUCUUCCUUAUGCAAAUAUUUGUAUGUAUUUAUUGUCAUAAAAUUUGCUUUACCACAUACCCUUCUCAAAUCAGACAGUGAUAAUAAGCCUUUAACACCAGUAUGGAGCCAGGCUGGUCUGCCGAUAUGGAGCCAGGUCAGUCGCCGGUGCCAGGUCAGUCGCUGGUAUGGAGCCAGGCUGGUCUGCUGGUCCGUGCAGUCGGACCAGACUCUGUAUUGCUGUCUGAAUAACUUUAAUAUUUCCGUCUUGAUAUCCCCAAAAUUAUUUUAUAGAAAGUUCCCAAAGUGGGGGAUUGACAAGUCCAUUUAAGAAGGCAGAUGAAUGGUUAAAUGCUUAAGGCCAGGUUAAAUCAAUCCAUUGUAAACUAACACUUGACAUCUUAUCUUACAAAUUAGAUCAUUUGUUAAAGUGACAUUAUGCUCAUAUUUUCAUUGUCAAGUUGUGAUGAAAUGGUUAUAUAUUUCAAAGAUAUAAUGGUGAAUGACCAACAGUUGAUAUUGGCAAAUGUUUAGGGUAAAAAGAAUCUGCCUAAUACAUGUAUAAAUAGACUGUCCGCUCUUUUUUUAUAAAUUGAAUGUUACAGGUAAAUCCCAAUGGAUAUUAACAGAAAUUUCCUUUGGCCAUGGAAUUGACAGAAAUUAUAGCAAAAAGUAAACUUAUUUUGACUUUCACCUGCUUACUCAAUAUUAUCACUUUUAAUCUUAAUAAAGAUUGGCACAAUUCUGUGCAUGCUGCUUGAAAACUGGGUAACUAUAUAAAAUUUUAGAGAAAAGAAAAAAGAAAAUUGUAAUGUAAGUAUGACAGAGAACAAUCCUUGAAAAAUCCAUGAUUAUGUGAACAGUUUUGGUAAUUGGUGAUUAAUUGUUGGAGAUUAUUUUGCUCAUAACUUGUUUUUUAUGUUUUUCGGUCUGUCUGUUUAUUUAUGUGUGUUUGUCACAAAAUGUUAACCUUGAGCAUAACAUAAAAGUCCUUGCACCUACAGCCUGUAAACUUUACAGUUUAUUGCACCUUGAUCAGCACAACUAAUCAGACUCACUAAGAGGUCUCAGAGUCGAAAGGUGAAGGUUACCAUACCCCCACCUCCCCCUGGGGUAUUGCAUUAUUUUGUUAUUUGAUUUUAUCAUUAAGUUGUGGAUGGACAGACUUGUGUCUUGUUAAAUUGCCAUAAUAUAUGUUAAACAUGCCAAGUAUUCAUAGUGCUAAAUAUUCUUUGAAAGCCUGGUGUAAAGUUGUUCAUAUUUCUAAAUAAGGGAUGAUGUGUAAAGCUUUUUUCUCUAUGGCCAUGUAUUUUAUGUAUAAUUAGGUGUAUUUAUGUGCAUUGUGGUAGAUUUAUAUAUGAAUUUUGGUAGAUAUAUGAGAUUGGUGGUAAAUGUACUGGAAUGCUUACUGUCAUUGUUGAAAUAUUUUCAUUAAUAAAACAUUACAUGUACUAAUUAAACAGUAUAGAGUAGUAAACAGUAUCUAGUACAACUUCAUAUGUCAUGUGAAAAGUGAUUUAAAUGUUGAAAUGUUUAAGAGUAAUUUUCUGUUUUCACUGAAAACAAACCAAUAUUUCUCUUUCAUUUCUAGCAGAGUUACACGUUCAUGAUGAAUGAUAUUGAAUAUAUCUUAUUGGUGAAUUUUUGUAUUUCAUUAAUUAUCAUGAUAUCAGUGAUUUUAUUCACCUAGUAACAUUUUCAGCAUAAUAUGAUAGUCAGAUACAAUAAUUUACAUGGUUACAGGGUGUAUUUUGUCUCAAAUGAAGACUUAAAAAGAAAGGAUAGAAGUGAAAAUGAUAAGCUUUUGCCACCAGUAUAUAGCCAGAUUAUCUGUUAUACCUGUGCAGUCUGACCAGGCCCUAUACUGUUGGCAGUGUCCUAUAACAUUAUGUUCCAGCAUAUAUGCAGUGGAGAAAAAAAACUUACUUAUACUCAGGCAAUAGUUACUUGUAUUCAGGAGCAAGUAAAUAACCUUUUAAAGCCAAAACUUGGAAUUUAAGAUCUGGUUAUUGUAUUAAUUUGUCUGUAUGAACGUUGCUUGUUAUUAUUUUAUAAUAUUUUAAAUCUCGGUAGUUAUUGUGUAUAACUGUAUGCAUUCUCUUGUUUAUAUGUGUAUAUCUUUAAUACAGAACUUAUAAUUUGCAUAUUUUUACCAUCAUUAAAGUUAUUUAAAUGAA